GGGGGGCGUUGCCGCGCACGCGGUGGUUCUGCUAGUUCCCUUCUCCCCGCUUCCCAGCUAUGCUGUCCGCCCUGAGGUCUGGUGUUCGGGUGCUGCUCCCAGGCCGCGCCGCGGCCCCGAGGCUGCGCCCCUACCAUGGGGACGCGGUGGCCGCGCUGGGCUCCCAACUCGAUACGGGCUCCGCGCUCUACCAGGAGAACUAUGAACGAAUGAAAGCUCUAGUAAUUGAACUUCAUGAGCGAGCAGAGCAUAUCAGACUAGGAGGUGGAGAGAAAGCAAGGAAACGACACACAUCAAGAGGAAAACUGCUCCCUAGAGAAAGAAUUGAUAGACUCCUAGAUCCAGGCUCUCCAUUCCUGGAGUUUUCCCAGUUUGCAGGUUACCAAUUGUAUGAUAAUGAAGAAGUUCCAGCAGGUGGAAUUAUUACAGGCAUUGGCCGAGUGUCAGGAGUGGAAUGCAUGAUUGUUGCUAAUGAUGCAACUGUCAAAGGUGGGUCCUAUUACCCAGUGACCGUGAAAAAACACCUACGUGCCCAAGAAAUUGCCUUGCAAAACAGGCUCCCCUGCCUGUAUUUAGUUGAUUCAGGAGGUGCAAACUUACCUCAACAAGCAGAAGUAUUUCCAGAUCGAGAUCAUUUUGGUCGCAUCUUCUAUAAUCAAGCAAUUAUGUCUUCUAGAAAUAUUUCACAGAUAGCAGUGGUAAUGGGAUCCUGUACAGCAGGAGGAGCUUAUGUUCCUGCCAUGGCUGAUGAAAGUAUCAUUGUUGCCAAGCAGGGUACCAUUUUCCUGGCAGGACCCCCCUUGGUUAAAGCAGCAACUGGUGAAGAGGUAUCAGCUGAGGACCUUGGAGGUGCUGACCUACAUUGCAGAAAGUCUGGAGUAACUGAUCACUAUGCUUUGGAUGACAGUCAUGCACUUCAUUUGGCAAGAAAAGUUGUGAGGAGUCUAAACUAUAAUAAGAAAUUAGAAGUGACGAUAGAACCUUCUGAAGAGCCUUUAUUUCCUCUAGAUGAGGUAUAUGGAAUAGUUGGAGAUAACCUCAAGAGGAACUUUGAUAUCCGAGAGGUCAUUGCUAGGAUUGUGGAUGGAAGCAGAUUUGAGGAAUUUAAGGCCUUCUAUGGAGAUACCUUAGUCACAGGAUUUGCUAGAAUAUUUGGCUACCCAGUGGGAAUUAUUGGAAACAACGGAGUUCUUUUCUCAGAAUCUGCAAAGAAGGGAACUCACUUUAUUCAGUUAUGCUGCCAAAGAAAGAUUCCUCUUGUGUUUCUUCAGAAUAUUACUGGAUUUAUGGUUGGUAAAGAAUAUGAAGCUGGAGGAAUAGCAAAAGAUGGAGCCAAGAUGGUGACUGCUGUAGCCUGUGCUAAUGUACCUAAAAUUACUGUCAUCAUUGGAGGAUCUUAUGGAGCUGGAAAUUAUGGAAUGUGUGGCAGAGCAUAUUCUCCAAGAUUUCUCUACAUGUGGCCAAAUGCUCGCAUCUCAGUGAUGGGUGGAGAACAAGCUGCAAAUGUCUUAGCCACAAUAGCAAGAGACCAAAAAACAAGAGAGGGAAAGGAGUUCUCUAGUGAAGAUGAAGCUGCUUUAAAAGAGCCUAUUAUUAAGAGAUUUGAAGAAGAAGGAAGUCCUUACUACUCCAGUGCAAGGCUGUGGGAUGAUGGAAUUAUUGACCCAGCUGAUACCAGACUGGUCCUGGGUCUCAGCAUUAGUGCAGCCCUCAACGCCCCAAUUGAGAAGACCAACUUUGGAGUUUUUAAGAUGUAAUAGAAUUGUAGGAUAUUUUCCUGUGAGUUUUUACUAUACAAAUUAGGGGCCUUAAAAGGUCAGACAUUUUUAGUAUAAUGGUGCAAUAAAAAAUUCAAUACCUUUGAAUUAUUUAAAAUACAUAUACACACACAUAAAUACACAUGUGUACACACACACACACACACACACACA